CAUAGACGUUAGCACCGUGCGUUAGCAUAAUGCUAGUUUUGCAAUAUGCUAGUGAAGCUUCUUGAAGCCGUACGCCAUGGAAAUUGCACCGAAACGUGUGGGCUUUUCGCUGACGGUGUCGCUGAAACGAGUUGUGUUCUUACGCAGCUGGUGUCCUCCGAUUUUUUAUUCAUUACGCGUUCAUGUGGGCUGCCGGCCGGCUAAGAAGACGCACCACUUGCACUACUCCGGAUGUCAGCUGUUUUAAGUUGGGUAAAAUGACGCGUGGAUUCCUGAAGUGUAUUUUACUCUUGAUGUUUGCAACGCUGGUGCUAGCGUCCAGCUAUGGAGAGGACGAUGACGCCAGUGAUGGCAGCGGGAUGAAUCCUGUGGCAAGGGUGGAGGAUACGCCGACAGGUGUCUCCGAUCGUGCAGAGGGUGGCAACAAAGAAGGAAGCAGAACCUACGAAAACGAAAAUCGCUCUCGAUAUCCGCCUAGGAGGAGGAUUAGGUAGCUUUAGAGACAGCCUGGGACCCUCGUUAGAUGGAAGAAGAGUUCGGACCGUAC